GGGGAUGGAGGCAGUCAGGAGUUCUCAGUGGAUUUCAGAGUUACCCAGUAUGGAGCCAGUCUCCCAGUGUUUCAUGUUUCUUACACUUUCCUCUACACCGUGAGGAGGAGGAAGAGGAGGUUCUUCGUCCAUGGUCACAGCCGCUUCCACGAUGGUGAAGCUGAAAACUUGACGGAGGAAACUUUUCUGAACUCGGAGCUGGACUCUUCUGUCCCCGCACUCAACUCAACACAAGAAGAGACACAAACAAACCAUGGCUGACCCCACUUCAGCGUCUGUGCGGGCUCUAACUUUCAGCUUCUACCUCGGCGUGUGCACUUGUUAUCUGUCCAUCCCGCUGAAGAUCUACCCGGGGAGGAGCGACGUGUCCCCGGCUGUGGACGGCACCGCUGUCCGGCGGGUGGCGUUGACAGCCGCCGAUGGGACCGGCCUGUCUCUGGCCUCUGACCCCACUGGGACGGUCAACUUCCUGGACAUGGCUCAGAACCUGCAGGGGGACUCUGGACGAGGCUACUACAUCGAGAUGUCCAUUGGCACCCCCGGCCAGACGCUCAACAUCCUGGUGGAUACAGGCAGCAGUAACUUUGCCGUGGCUGCGGCUCCACACCCGUUCAUUACUCACUACUUCAACACUGCACUCUCCAGCACCUAUGAGUCAGUCGGUCGGGCGGUUGCCGUCAGGUACACCCAGGGGAACUGGGAAGGUGAACUGGGCAUUGACCGGGUCUCCAUCCCCAAAGGGCCAAACGGGACCAUGAUCAUCAACAUUGCCGCCAUCCUGUCAUCUGAGGGCUUCUUCCUUCCAGGGGUCAACUGGCAGGGCAUCUUGGGGCUGGCCUAUCCUAUGCUGGCACGGCCCGACUCAUCCGUGGAGCCCUUCUUCAACUCUGUGGUGCAGCAGCUGGGCAUUCCGGACAUCUUCUCCCUCCAGAUGUGCGGUGCCGGCCUGUCAGCCACCAGCACCGAGGACCCACCGGGCGGCAGUCUGAUCCUGGGAGGAGCCGAGCCAACUCUGUACCGAGGGUCGGUGUGGUACACCCCCAUCAUAGAGGAGUGGUACUACCAAGUGGAGGUGUUGAAGCUGGAGGUUGGUGAUCAGAAUCUGGACCUGGACUGCAGAGAGUAUAACAUGGAUAAAGCUAUAGUUGACAGCGGGACGACGCUGCUGCGACUUCCUGUCAACGUCUUCAAUGCGGUGGUAGAAGCCAUCAUACACAGCUCUCUGAUCCAGGAUUUCUCUUCAGGCUUCUGGGAUGGCACCAAGCUUGCCUGCUGGUUGAAGGGGGAGACCCCCUGGAGAUUCUUCCCCAAGCUGUCCAUCUAUCUGAGAGCCACAAACACCAGCCAGACAUUCCGUAUCACCAUCCUGCCUCAGCUUUACAUCCAACCCGUCACCGAUCUGGACGGCACACUGGACUGCUUCCGUUUCGGAGUGUCCUCUUCAACUAACGGCCUUGUGAUCGGCGCCACUGUGAUGGAAGGCUUCUUCGUGGUGUUCGACCGAGCUCAGCGGAGAGUGGGCUUUGCUCUCAGCAACUGUGCAGUGAGCGGCGGCGAGGCGCUGUCGGAGAUCGCCGGGCCUUUCUCAGCAGCCGACGUGGCGGCCAACUGCUCCAGCGGCGCGCUGAAGGAACCCCUCCUGUGGGUCAUCUCCUACGCCCUGAUGGCGGUAUGCGCCCUGGUCCUCAUCAUCCUGCUGCUGCUGCUCGUGCUUCCCUGUCGCUGCAGGGACCGCUCCGGGGAGAUCACGGACGAGUCGUCUCUGGUCCGCCACCGCAUCAAGUGACUGAGAGGAAGCAGACGGGUGAGCAGGAUGAACGGGCAGGGAGCCGGUGAGCAGAGCAUGUCCGCGGCGGCGGCGGCGGAGAAGGGGGUGCGGCUCGGCCUGCGUGGACCGGUGACGCUCGGCUCUGAACACCUGACCGACUCUGGACUGCACUCAUCAGCUUGGCCCAUAGAGGUAGACACAGACAGAUCGACUGCCUCUUAAAGGGAAAUCUCCCCCUAAAAACACUUGUUGAUGUCAUCAUGGUUACAGUUUCCUGUUCUUUCUUAUUCUCACUUCAUGUCAUACGUGGAGACUGUGACAUGCAGCAAAGAAGAGGAACAGAUUCAAAAUUCAGUGUGCCAUGAAGCUACAGGACAGUUAAUAAUCAUGGUGUGAUUUGCUCUUUCACAAGACUUUUGCUUUCUCCAGCUACACUCACUGAAACUGGAGCGUAGUUCAAGACACUCAAACCAAAUUCAGGCUUGGUCUUAGAUGGAAGAUAAUCUGGGAGAUGAAGGACACGACUAACACAAACAGAGAGGGGAACAAAACCAUGAAACACUUUAUAGCUGUUUUCAGACAUGAGCUCCGGAGAGCCCUCGCUCAAUUGGGUCCUGCCCCUUCACAAAUGAAAACCAAAUCAGGAACUUCUCCGCUCUGACAUUUUGACAACAUCCUCUCUGCAGCGCUCAGGUGAGGGGGGGGUGCAGCCGGCAUAGGCAGGAUGUAGCGCGUUCAUUCUGCUGCCCAGAUGUUAUGUUGUUCAACACCGGAGUCGACCCUUAUCACCUAAAGCUCUGAACAUCUUCAUCGGCGUUUUUUUUUGGUGUUUUUUUUCCAUCCGUUGCAUGUUAGAAACGUCAUCUACACGCCCACUCGCUUGCUGUGAAUCCCGCGGAGGAUCUGCUGCUGCGUUCUCAAAUCAAGUCAUUCGGUAUCCUCCUCCCUAUUUCUUACUCAGGGGCUGACAGGAGAAAGUCCGAAAAAAUGUCAGGAGCCUCUCUGUCGGAUUUGCGUUAUCACAUACAGUUCAGUGCAUGUCUGAAAGCAGCUGAUGACAUGUAGCAGCAUAAGAAUAUGUAAGGACAGAGUUUAUUCCUCAUAAUAAUGACAGGACUGUGGGUGGGCAGCACACGGUCAAAAAUCACUGGUGCCUUCGUGAAUAAGUGAAAUGUUACUUGUGUCAUUUCCAGGCCAAACUGUGCAGCAUUAUUCAUUUCAAAGCACCGACGACCCUUUAAAUGUGUCUCUAGACCGACCCAUGUUUCCUUUGGUUUGUUUAAAGAUCUAAUGGCUCUGAUUCGUUUCUUGUACCUUUGUGUAUAUUGGAGAACACCCGAGUCGAAGUAAAGUCUUUGUCUACUGACGUUAUGGGGAAAAGCUACUCAAUCAGUCACUGUUGAUAUGAAUAAAACUACACAGGUGCGUGAACUGUUUGAGACUUGUUCUGCUGAAUUGCACUUUGUCUCUCUUAAGUUAAUCAGAAGUGUAAUAUAAAGUUAAAGAUCAAUAUUUCCGGAUCUGUUAUGCAAUUUGUUGUAUUCAUGUAAUUGUACUAAUUCUGCCGACAUGCAAGUUUAUAUUUAAAUUACUUUGAAUGUGAUUGUACUAUUAUAAAUAUUAUUCUAAUAAGUCUUUACUUUGUAGACACUAGAUGUUUAUACUUCACAUUUUAUACAAAUCAAACAACACGAGAAGCCAAAAGAUUUUUGUAACUAGAGACACCUUGUUGAUCCUGUGGACGACAGUGAGCUGAUACGCAACAAAAAGUUAUUAAAUAUCAUUUUAUCGUUGACACUAGAGACACUUUUGUAUGUAGAAGUGAGUGAAACAUGGUGAGACCAAACUGUGUCGACCAAAAGUUCAAACGGCUCAAAUUGAAGGUACACUUGAAUGUUGAAUUAUUUAUGAGUGGUGUUUUUUUGUUUUUUUUGCUUCUGUGCCAAAAUUGUUCUUGUGCUGUAGAUAAUAAUUAAAGAAAACCUGACCAAAUCAAAA